GCAGCCGCUCUCCUCUCCCCACAAACACAAGAGCAGAGCCCUCUCCUAUGAAGAGAGGAGGAGAUGGCUGGGCGUCAGAGACUUCUUCAAUGUCCUCCUCUUCCUCCUCAUGUAGGUAGAUAUUCAAAGAGCUAGCACAAAGAAGAUAGCCAACAAUGGCUUCCUCAGUGUUGCAUUGAUGAUUGCCCCGGAGAAAGCAUAAAUAGAGAGCUCGCUAUCCAGUAUUCUCCUCCAAGUAGCUAUUCAUUCUUUCUCUGCACACUUCUACUUCUUCUGCAUCUGUUCCCUUGGCUAUCUUUAGCCUCUCUCGUUUCCCUCUCUUGUUUCUGCAUUCCAUUUCAUCCUCAUUCACUAGAUCUUCUCAUUGCCCGCCCGCCUGCCUGCCUGCCAUGGAAUCCUCCCAUAUCACCGGGGAUGAUGGCGAGGGCUGCAACAGCAGUGAGUCUGGGUGGACAAUGUACCUGGCCUCCCCCAUGCAAAGCGGCGACGACGACGACGGCGGUAGCCGCAAGGGAAGCGGCAGCGAUGGAAGCAAUGUCGAUGAUGGCUACGGCUACACUUACCUCGUCCGUGGCAGGAAAGGAGGCAAGGAAUACUACCAGGAUGAUGGCGAUGACAACGACUCCCUUGCCUCUGAUGCUUCGACUGGACCAGCCAAGGUCAAGGUGCAGCCCCCGUCGCCUGACGCAGGCCAUCGAAAGAACGGUGACAACGACGGCGGCGGUGGCGGCGAGAGGCCAAAGGAGGAGGACGAGGAAGAAGAUGACAUGCGCACCAGGUUCUCGACGAGCUCCCGCAAGAAAGCCGGCAACAAGGCGGAGAAAGGGGGCGAGGGGAAGUCAUCCAAGAAGAAGGGAAGCUCCUCAAGGACAAGCUUCUUUUGGUAAACCAAAUGCUUCAGAAUCAUUGUUCUGUACUACUAGUAGCAAAUAGCAGCCAAUAUGUAUGUGCCUUAUGCAUCAUCGGUCGAUCUUUUCCAUUUUGUUGUUCAAGGUGGGAAUGUAUCCCUCAUUGUUAGGAGCAUUGGAGAAGAGGGAGGAAGGCUUUUUUUGGGUCCUCAGUUUUGCCUUCCAUAGUGUUCUCCCAUGGUUGACCACCAGCCCCCAAUUACUAGUAGGGUUAACUGUUGCUGCCAUGUAAAUCUACUGCAACCUUCGGUUAUUAUAUUAUUAUUCAAUGUCUUCCUGCUUUUA